CUCCACCUCCUCUCCGUGUCAUGUGUCCUGCGGCUGCAUCUGUAUGUGGAUCUCAAUGCUGAGGAAUAUGGAGCGUCUGACUGCUGUGUGGAGUUUGGGGUUUCUUCUGUCUCUGAGUUUUGGAGGGGUCUUGUGUCAAAACAACAGCUACACCAGGCCUGUGUUUAACUGUGGCGGUAAUCUGGUUGGAGACUCAGGCUUUGUGGGCAGUGAAGGAUUCCCAUCGUUCUACAAACCCAACAGCCAAUGUACCUGGUACAUCACAGUUCCAGAGGGCAAUGUGGUCAUGCUGUCCUUUAGGGUUUUUGACCUGGAGGCUGAUCCUCUCUGCCGCUAUGACUAUGUGGAUGUGUAUAACGGACACUCUAACAUGGUACAGAAGCUCGGGCGUUUCUGUGGAACGUUCCGGCCCGGAACUCUCAUUUCCACAUCCAACACCAUGAUGGUAGAGAUGGUAUCAGAUUCAGGAACAGGAGGAAGAGGGUUCCUGGCCCACUUCAGUGGAGGAAAGCCACAUGUAGAUGAGCACCAGUUUUGUGGCGGGAAGCUCACAAAGUCUCAGGGCACAAUCAAAACUCCCAAUUGGCCGGAUAAAAAUUAUCCAGCGGGCAUCAGCUGUUCCUGGCUUAUAACAGUGGAGCCGGAAAUGGUGAUUGAGGUGAAGUUUGAUAAGUUUGAUUUGGAGUCUGACACAUACUGCCGCUUCGACUAUGUGACGUUCUUUAACGGAGGAGACAAAGACGAUUCAAGACGCAUCGGAAAAUUCUGCGGAGACACUGCGCCUCAGAACAUUAUUACCAAUAGCAAUGUGCUGUUGGUGCAGUUUGUAUCUGACCUUAGCGUGACUUCAGACGGAUUCAUGGCGUCAUACACUAGCAUCCCACAUGGCCUUCGUACUCCGACUACUGGUGGUGAUGUUGCGUCAGGACCUAGAGUGGCAUCCACAGCCACAAAACCCCGUCUCACCCCGGGCGAACCGGUGAAACCUGUGGUCUUCACAGCAGAAGCAACAACUAUAACUGCGACCACCACUACUGAACAGCCAAUGCCACGACCCACACCCGCUAGACCCUUUAAACCUGUGAGACGUCCAGUCAGUAAACCAGAACCAGAUGAAUCCAGACCAGCCACAGACACGAAUCCACUGUGCGCAAAGGCAUGUAAACGAGUCGGAACCAUCAAGACUAGUUUCUGUGCUAGUGAAUUUGUUAUCACCGGUAAGCUGACAGCAUUGACUACUGGAGCUAGUCGAAGUAUGCAGGCCACAGUGUCCUUGAUUAAGGCAUAUAAGGCUGGUAGUCUUACCAUCACCCAAGCUGGAGAAACCAUGUCUGUCAAACUUUUUUUGCCCUGCAAGAAAUGUCCAUUUUUGCGCAGAGGUCAAAACUAUAUCCUGAUGGGUCAGGUGGAUGAGGAAGGUCGUGGUGUUCUCAUUCCUGGUAGUUUCACUGCCCUGUACAAAGCCCCACAGCACAGGAUGCUGACCCAUAUCAACAACCAGCCAUGCUGAUCUGAUCACUCAGAUCCAUGUUAGCACGAUCAGCCAUCAGAGCAAAGACACUAGAGGAAAGAAAUGGACAGUGAUUAGUCAACAGCCAAAACUAGUCUAGAUAUUAAGAGGUGUUUUUUUGGCAUUGUAAUAUAAUGCUCAGGAAGUUACACACACAAUUUCCGGUGCUUUGCUUAGCUAUAGUGUGUUUCAAACUUCUCAACUCAGAACUGUAUUUUGUUGUUGUGAAGUGAAGAUAUUUUUCCUACAAGUUAACACACACACACACACACACACACACACACACAGAUGUCUCAAAAUAUAUUUGUAAUUUAUGAUGAUGUCUUCUAAUACAGGAUUUAUAUAACACAUUAUUGCAUUGAA